AUGCCCACCCAACUGGCUCAGCCAUCGCCCAAACGCAAACGCGACCAACCCCCGCCGGCUGCCCGACUCCCACUGCUCAACACAGCACUGGCCAUACGACCGGCCCCAACUCCCCCUCGCAACAGCCCACCGCCUUCUGGGGAUGCCGACAGCCCCCGUACUUUGGUCGCGGACCAGCUGCGGGACAUGAACAUCGCCUGGACCGCGGCCAUUCCCAUGUCGCCCCUCACACCGACCGACAAUGGGGUUCACAAGAAGCCCAAGCUGGAUGCGAUCCGAGCCGAUAAUGGGACCUCACUGCACACAGCGACAGAGGAAGAAGAGAGGGUCAUAUCCCCCAAGAAGAGCAACACGCUGGACACGAUUGCCGUUUUGCCUAGGUUCGCCGCCUCCAGAGAGAUCCCAGAGACCCCUCAGGCGUCGCAACCCCGCAUGUUGCCAGAUAUUGCCUCAUUCGCACAAUCUACGCCAUUUGUCUCAGCGCCCAACUGCACGGCACUCCAUCAUCCAGAGCCCAAAGAUAUAAGUUGUGCAAAGAAUGCGUCGUCGCACACGCAACCCCGCGCGCGGAAGUCACUGUCGCCCCCACCAUCAACCCUUACGUGGAAGGAUAGUGAAAUCACGGGACAUCUUGCUGAUCCUUCGACCGACCCCGACGAUGAUGGAACUGGCCUGAACGGCAUUGGAUUCAAGCCAACACCAGCGUUGGCCUAUGCUAGAUCGCAAAAGAGACGGCAGCAGCUCAACGAGUGGAGGCUACGGGAGACACGGGAAGCAAGAGCUAAGCGCAGCGAGAGAAGACGAAGAGGGGUCCAUGGAACGCCAUCGAGAGAGACCACUGUGGAACGUGAAAUGCCUGCCAAACCCGUCGACAGCAGCAAGAGGUCUGUCAAAUUCGCCGUCUAA